GAAGCUCUCUUUAGUGCUCGCUUUAGUCCACCAAGCUGUGGAGUGCAAGUGAACAGAUUGUGGUACAAGCCAGUAGAGCAGUUCAUUUUGCCGGAGAGCUUUGAAGGUACCAUUGUGUGGGAAAGCCAGGAUCUUCAGGGCCUUGUUUCAAGAAACCUUCAUAAAGUAACAGUGAAUGAUGGAGGGGGUGUUUUCAGAGUCAUUACGGCAGGGGAAGGGUCACUGCCACAUGAACUCACCGAAGGUGUGGAGGGAAUAGCAGGUGGCUUUAUCUACACUAUUCAAGAAGGUGAUGCUCUUUUAAAAAGCCUCCAUACUCGCCCAGAAAGGUUUACAAGUCACAUAAAAAAUCUUGAAAAAGAAGAUGCUUUAUUGAAGGAAGAAAGCAGUACCUAUGAUGAUAUCAUUUUUGUAGAUGUUAUUGACACUUACAGAAAUGUUCCAGCCAAACUGCUGAACUUCUACCGAUGGACAGUUGAAUCAACGAGUUUUGAUUUGUUGCUGAAGACAGAUGAUGACUGUUACAUUGAUUUGGAGGCUGUUUUUAACAGGAUAAUGCAGAAAAAAUUGGACAGGCCAAACAUUUGGUGGGGAAAUUUCAGACUAAAUUGGGCAGUUGAUCGAACUGGGAAAUGGCAAGAGCUGGAGUACCCAAGUCCUGCAUAUCCAGCCUUUGCUUGUGGGUCUGGCUACGUCAUCUCCAAAGACAUUGUUCAGUGGCUGGCAAGCAACUCUGAAAGAUUAAAGACAUACCAGGGUGAAGAUGUGAGUAUGGGCAUCUGGAUGGCAGCAGUAGGACCCAAGCGAUACCAAGAUAGUCUGUGGUUGUGUGAGAAGACAUGCGAGAGUGGCAUGCUGUCUUCCCCCCAGUAUUCUCCACAAGAACUGAGAGCGCUCUGGAGAUUAAAGGAACUGUGUGGAGAUCCUUGUAGAUGUGAGGGAAGAUGAGGGACUUGCCUUGGAAAACAGGGUAGCGUGUAACGAUCAUGGAAAAGUGUACAUUUGGAGUCAUCCUUGGAACAAUAAGUAAGAUUGAGGUAUCUUUUAAUGUUGGGUUUCAGCUAAAGUAUAACAAGAUUUGCACAUCCCUUUUGAUAAUUACAAGUGGACUGAUACCAUUCAUUUUCUAUAGCAUAGAUGUUGAUCUGACAAAAACCAAAAUGUUUAAGAUAAAAAAAAUGUCCUUUUUAUAUAAAGUCAAAGACAUACUUGUAAUUAAUAAAUGCACAUAAGAAUGCCAACUAGCCUGUCUUUUGUAAAUUGAAGUACUACUGAUUUAACUCAGUGUAGAGCUGUACCGGGAUCCAGUGGAGAGCUGUGCUCAGCACCAGGGCAUUGGAUAAGUCUUGCUG